AUGAAGGCCCUCGUGUACGACGGCGAAGGGAAACGCAUCGUCCUGCAGGACCGGCCGGAGCCGAAGCUGUCGUCGCCCACGGACGCCAUCGUCAGGAUCACCAGGACCACGAUAUGCGGCACCGACCUGCACAUCCUCAGGGGGCACGUGGCGACGUGCCGGCCGGGAACGAUCCUCGGGCACGAGGGCGAGGGCGUGGUCCGCGAGGUCGGGUCCGCCGUGACGCGCUUCCGGCCGGGAGACGUGGUGCUCGUCUCGUGCAUCUCGAGCUGCGCCCGGUGCGAGUACUGCCGCCGCGGCAUGUACAGCCACUGCGCGUCGGGCGGCGGCUGGAUCCUCGGCAACACCAUCGACGGCACGCAGGCCGAGUACGUGCGCGUCCCGCACGCCGACUCGAGCCUGCACGCCAUCCCCGACAACAUGGUAAACGCCGUACCCGGUGGUGCCAUGACGAUGCUGAGCGACAUCUUCCCGACGGCGCUCGAGUGCGGCGUGCAGAACGGCAAGGUCAGCCCCGGCUCGACGGUGGCCAUUGUGGGUGCCGGGCCGGUUGGCCUGGCGGCGUUGAUGACGGCGCAGAUGUAUUCCCCCUCGACGAUUGUGGUCCUCGGCAGGGACCCGAAGCGACUAGACGUGGCCAAGAAGCUCGGUGCGACCGAAGUCAUCAACAACGGCGGCGGUACCGGCGGCGAGGAGGAGCAGGACGACGACGCCUUGGCCAGAAUACGGGACAUGACCGACGGCAAGGGCUUCGACACCGUCAUCGAGGCGGUGGGCGUGCCUGCGACGUUUGAGCUGUGUCAGAAGCUGCUGGCCCCUGGCGGCGUGCUGGCCAACGUGGGCGUCCACGGCGUCCCCGCGAAGCUCCAUCUCGAUCAACUAUGGGCGAAGAAUAUCGCAAUCACCACGAGACUGGUUGACGGGGGGGUGACGCCCAUGCUGAUCGAGCAAGUCGCGGCCGGGAAGCUGCGGCCAGUCGACCUCAUCACUCAUCGGUUCAAGUUGGACGAAGGAGAGGAGGCCUAUAGAACGUUCUCCCAGGCCCGCGAGACGGGAGCGCUCAAGGUCUUGCUCGAGACUGACUAG